AUGGCUGCUAUCAACAAGAUCGCCCUCAACUCGCCCUCGAGGCAGAACCCCUCCGAGCUGGAGAACGCGAUCGCCGGCGCUCUCUUCGACUUGGAGAGCAACACACAGGACCUGAAGGCCACCCUUCGUCCUCUGCAGUUCGUCUCUGCCCGUGAGGUUGAGGUCGGCCACGGCAAGAAGGCUGUCAUCAUCUUCGUCCCUGUCCCUCUCCUCCAGGGCUUCCACAAGAUCCAGCAGCGCCUGACCCGUGAGCUCGAGAAGAAGUUCUCCGACCGCCACGUCCUCUUCGUUGCUCAGCGCCGCAUCCUGCCCAAGCCCAAGCGCUCUGUCAACUCCCGCACCAACCAGAAGCAGAAGCGUCCCCGUUCCCGCACUCUGACUGCUGUCCACGACGCCAUCCUCGGCGACCUGGUCUACCCCGUUGAGAUCGUCGGCAAGCGCAUCCGCACCAAGGAGGACGGCAGCAAGACCCUCAAGGUCAUCCUGGAUGAGAAGGAGCGUGGUGGUGUUGACCACCGUCUCGAUGCCUACGGCGAGGUCUACCGCCGUUUGACCGGCCGCAACGUCGUCUUCGAGUUCCCCCAGAGCAGCGCCUCUGACUUCUAG